AUGAGUAACAGAGAUGGCAGGAACGAAGCGAUGCCCAGCGAUUUAGAGAAUAACCAGCCGGAAACCUCUCCAUACACAUCAGAGUCCCUGAUUCUCAAGUUUGGCGAGGGAUGGCGUCGUUAUACGGUCCCACGGCAGCUCUUUGAGCAGCAAUUCCCAACGGCAGCUAUAACCCUGGAGAAGAGAACAGGUAAUCAGAAUAUCAAACUCAACAGGGCCGACGAGGAUAUAGGCCACACCGUAGUUCACUGGCUCUAUACUGAAGAGUAUCAAGUUCUUCAGAAUCCGUCUCUACAGGGCAAAGCAAAGCGAGAGAAUGGGUAUAGACUUGCAGUUCAUGCUUACUGUGCAGCGCUCAAUUAUGCUCUUCUAGGCCUGGCGACCCACGCAAGGAGACAAAUAGAGAUGCUCGAGGAUGCGGUAGAUACUGGGAGGAUUCUGGCAAUAGCGAGAGAGGUCUUCCCCAAGUAUGAAGACAUCGGUGUGCCUGCUGCAUAUCAAACCUAUCUUAAGAAGAAAAUGAUGUCUGCUGUGAAAGCCAAGGAGAUGUUAUUCCACCAGAAUGAGUUGAUCAAAGUAUUCGGACAGGUACCGGAAUUUGACAUGUUUGUGUUGGAGAACGUCAUUUCGUUGUUCUCGCUUCGAAUCGCAGGUCUUGAAUGGAUGUUAGAGAGCGCUUCCAAGCAGGGUUUACACAAGGAUAAAGUUGUCGAGGAGGAUGGCUGCUCAAAAAGGCCAACUGAGCCUCAAGGGCCACCGCCUCGCUCUGAAUUACCCCAGACUCACUCCGUGAAAGAAUCAGAUUGUGAGGGGUCGUCAACUGAGUUGUUGCGCGAGAACAAGGAUGGCUCUCAGUAUGAGUAUUUCAAUGAGGACGAAUCUGGCAAUGAGGUCGAAUGCUCCGGACGAUCAUCAACUAAAGAAGUGUGGUCUGAUCCUGAGGGAUCUGAAGUACUAGCACCUGACUGUCAGGGAUCAAGUGAUUCUGAAGAACCCUGGACCGAAUUAUGCCCAACUGGUGAGAUGGAACGUGUCGAUUAUUGGUAG